AUGGCGACACACAUUCACAAGGCGGGAGAUCCGCUGUCGCAUCAGCAAUGGAGCCGUCAAACGAGAGCUGGAAAGCGUAUUCAUUACGAUCUCAUGGUCAUUCAACAACCUGAGCGUGCCAGAGCAUGUGGAUCUGGACCUAAAUCUUCUGCUGAUCGUCGACCUGUUGACCCUCCGCCUAUUGUUCGCUUGACGGUGUGGGAGGGCGAGACCAUGGCCGAAGCCAAAGAUGUUACCAUGGACUACAACUCCGACUUCUUUCUCUUUGUAUCUCUGGAGAACGCCCGUCCCAUGGCACACGGUCGUGUGCAAACACCAGCAGCUACGUCGCCUCCCGUCUUGACUGGUGUACCCGUUUCCGCUUGCUGUUACCUUGAUCGCCCAUCGCCAGCUGGCUACUUUCUCUUCCCGGACCUAUCUGUACGCCACGAGGGACGCUACAAGCUAAUCUUUCGACUGUACGAGCGGAACAAGGACGCUCAGGACCUGAACCCCAUCGACCAGGGUGACAACAUGGAGGACGAGGACGGUCUAUUUUUCACAUUUCUUAACGAGGUCAGAUCGCAACCUUUCACCGUCUUCAGCGCCAAGAAGUUUCCCGGCCUUGCGGAGAGCACACCACUGAGUCGCACUGUGGCUGAGCAAGGGUGCCGCGUCAGAAUUCGGAGAGAUGUCAGGAUGCGUCGUCGUGAGAAUAAGGGCGCUGCCCAGACAAAUGAUUACGAACAGCGCGAUGAGGAAUAUGCCAAGGAUCGCAGAACUCAGUCUCCGGCUGACGCCUACCGCAACCGAUCUCUUAGCAGCGCAAGCGACCGUCGCGCAUCCGGCUUUGACCACCACCCUCCUCCACCCGCACUGGCUCCCAGCCAACGUCUGCUGAGCUUUGCUGCGCCAACGUACAACAAGCCAUACCAGCCUGCACCGCCGGCGCCGGCACUGCACUCGGAGCCAGUCUCGCCAGCAGCCCACACACCUUCUUACCGUCACAACUCGUUUGCCUCAUCAUCAGCAUACCCGCCAACUCCAACCUAUGGGCACCCGUAUGGCGACAGAACAGCGUCGCACGUAGUGGAAGACAGACGGUCGUCGUUGACGUACCCGUCAAUGCCUGCACAACCAGUUUCAGCAUAUGGCCCACCUCUUCAGCCAAGGCCGCCAAUGCCGCCGAUUGAUACGGGCUUCCGUCGCGAUUCUCAAUUGCCUCCAAUGAUCAAGCCCGAACUGCCGUCGCCAACAACUUCCCUUAUUCCGAGUUCUAGCUCGUCAAUCAGCGGAACGAUUAUCUCUUCGCUGAAGCGCUCAUACGAGGAAUCGAAUGAUGGCGAGUACUCUGUCGACGACCUCAAGUCGCAUCUUGUGUACAAGAGAGCAGGCGGUAACGGCUCAGAAAAGGAAUCUCCUGGUUACAUGGGGGAUGAUCUUCGGGUGGCUAUCGACCCCCAACUACGGGCCGAGGACGAGCGCGACAGCAUGAAGCAUUCUCGCAAACGGUCGUUUCGAUCUCUAGUGGACAACGAACUGCGUUGA